AUGCCCUUCUUGCCUUGUCUCUCAGAACGUUCACAGCUUAGGCCAAGUAAAAACAGAUUAUCCAGCAGUAUGAAUCCCGUCUACAGUCCUGUUCAGCCUGGAGCUCCCUACGGUAACCCCAAGAACAUGGCCUACACAGGCUACCCAGGAGGUUACCCUACUGCUGCUCCCACCUACACACCUAGCCUCUACGAAACGGGUAGCCCAGGGUACCCACCAGGAUACACCACAGCGGGUACUCCAUAUAAAGUGCCCCCCACCCAGAUGAACGGAGCCCCCCCGCCCUACUCCCCCUCCCCCAACCCCUACCAAACAGCCAUGUACCCCAUCAGAAGUGCCUACCCACAGCAGAGCAUGCAGAACCUGCAGAACUUAUAUGCACAGGUGAGCACACACACCCUACUCCACCAGCUCCUACCACACACACAGAGACCAACAUAAGUCUGACAGCCAAGACAGCUGUCAGACAACAGCCUGCCCUCAGCCCUCUACCCCGCCCCGGUCCAAGCCCCUAGAAACAACGGAAUGGCUGCCAUGGGGAUGGUUGCCGGGACCACCAUGGCUAUGAGUGCAGGAACCCUGCUGACCACGCCUCAGCACGCUCAGCUGGGAACGCACCAACACGUCACCAUGCCGCAGUUCCGGCCCCAGGGUGCACCUGGAUACAGCUAUGUCCCGCCCCACUGGUAG